AUGCCAGGUGUCAAUUUGCUUCCAUUCUCGGUAGUCCAAAAAAUUGAAGAAACUGGUAUACCACAAGAUAGUUUCAUAUUUUAUCAAGAUGGUCGUUGGGUAUUUCAAGUAGGACACGACAUGGCUAGUGAAAGUAUGUUUCAUCAUCCGCUUAUCGAUGCAUUAGGGCCUUUUGAAAUUCAUGAAGUUGAUAUUUCAUUUAUCCUACUUCUGCCUACACUUAAAUACAGAAUCACUAAAAUUCGAGGACGAACACUAACUAAUGAUGAAAAAUGUAUAGGUAUCCAUGCUCCAGUUGUUCCAAUUACUCUUAAAGGAUUCGCACGUACAACAGUGAAUAUUCCAGACGAUGCAACACAUUUUUGUUGGCUCUAUCCACCGACAUUUAUACCUAAUGAUGAUAAUAUUACUUUAGAUAGUUCAGACGAAUCAAAUCUACUAAGAAUAGGUGGAUUUGCAUACUUCAAUACGAAAAACAAUAACAUUGAUCAACUUCAACUUAUUCGUAUUUAUUCAUUAGUUGUAGCUGCUAAUAAUGGACUAACUUUUGAAAAACGAUGUAUUUGGAGAAAAGAAUUCACAGAGCCACUUUGGAAAGAAAACCGAUUCCAACGUGUAACACUUCCAUGUCUUCUCGAAAAAGGUGCAAAAUAUUUUGCCUUUGUUAAUCCAUAUGAAUUAUUAUUUAGUGAAGAUCGUCAGUCAUCAUGGAAACCAUCCCCACAUGGAGCUUUUGUAUAUUUAUUUAAUGAAGAUCAUUCGCCACAUGUUUUCGAUUGUUAUUUCUCUGUAGCCGAAAAUUGCUUCGGUUUCCCACCAAGUGAAAAAAUAAUCGAAAUAUUGAUACAAUGAUUUGACAUUUAGCUUCUAGAGCGUAAAAUGUAUUUUUUUCAACAGUCUAUUUGAUAUUUUGUCAUCUUAACAAUCUUGAUGAAGAUGCAUUGACCAGAUUCUAGAGAAUAGAUAUUCACUAAAAAUAACAUUACUGUGAAAGUUUUAGUUGGGUUGUGGUAUUGUUCUUGAUAUCUAUUUCGUGUGGGGUAGUCUUUCCUUUUUAGUAUGUGUUUCCAAAUAUAAGUCCAAAUGUGCACAUUAUUACGAUAAAAUUAAAUAUGUUUUUUUGUAGCAUGAUAUACUCUACAAAAAAAGGUUUAGAGGGUGUGGGUGUGGGUGUGAGUGGGUGUGGGUGUGAGUGGGUGUGGGUGUAGGUGUGGGUGUGAGUGUGGGUGUGGGUGUGGGUGUGGGUGUGGGUGUGGGGUGUGGGUGUGGGUGUGGUUGUGUGGGUG